AUGGUUUGUUCGUGUUGGGUACCUGGAUGUACUAACAGAGCAAAUGGGACUGAUAAAGUAGGCUUCUAUUCUAUCCCAAGUGUCCGAGUGCAUGAGGGAGAUUUCACCAAAUCACUGAGUGAGGAACGCCGACGACUGUGGUUAGCUAGUGUCAACAGGAAGGAUGAACCUACGAAAUUCUCGAAAAUCUGCUCCAGUCACUUCAUCACAGGUCACCCUUCUAGUAUGUAUGAACGAUCCAACCCAGAUUGGGCACCAACAUUGAAGCUUGGGGAAAUGCUGACCCCUACCAAAUCCCAAAAAAAACAAGCGGAGAUUGAGACUAAACAAAAAAGAUUUCAGAGAGUGAUGAAAAGACAAGAAACAAAAGAGAAGCACCAUGCUGCAAGAUGGGCAUUUUACUUCGACAAGACCCACACCGCAGCAGUCACACUGUACAAUUCCAUCAGGAGUGGCACCAACAUGUGA